UCACUGGAAUGUCCUUGCACUUGCUAAGCCCCGAAAUCACGACGUCCGACAACGACGGCAGCCACCAGUUUUGAUAUUUUCCGAUGUUUGGUUCCCACAUCAAUAAAAAUCAUUUGGCGGCCAAUAAAAACGAUCUGUACAUGUUAAACGAUCACCUAACAGCGUGCACCGCGAUUUCCCGGUAGGUAGUGUUCGGUUUCGGGUCGGCCGCGCAAAAUGCAAGCCAUCAAGUGUGUCGUAGUCGGCGAUGGAGCGGUUGGUAAAACAUGUUUACUCAUUAGUUAUACAAGCAAUGCAUUUCCUGGAGAAUACAUACCUACUGUAUUUGACAACUAUUCAGCCAAUGUUAUGGUCGAUGGAAAACCUAUAAACUUAGGAUUGUGGGAUACUGCUGGUCAAGAAGAUUAUGACAGGCUUAGGCCUCUUUCAUAUCCACAAACAGAUGUGUUUCUUAUAUGUUUUUCACUAGUAAAUCCUGCAUCAUUUGAAAAUGUGCGGGCCAAAUGGUAUCCUGAAGUUCGACAUCAUUGUCCAAGUACUCCAAUUAUUUUAGUUGGUACAAAACUUGAUUUACGAGAAGAUAAAGAAACAAUUGAUAAACUAAAAGAAAAAAAGUUAACUGCUAUUACAUAUCCACAGGGUUUAUCAAUGGCCAAAGAAAUUGGAGCAGUAAAAUACUUGGAAUGUAGUGCUUUAACUCAAAAAGGUUUAAAAAUUGUUUUUGAUGAAGCCAUUAGAGCAGUUUUAUGUCCUGUACUGCCAGUUAAGCCAAAACGUAAAUGCACAAUAAUUUAACAAUCAUGACUAUGUUGUCACUGGGACUUUAAAUCCAAAUGGAGGAUUGUCCAAGACUGAUAACUGUCAGUUCACCGAUCGAUACACAUUUUGUUGGCGUAUAACAACUAACAAAAAACAAAAGUUCUUCCUGCAAAAUAAUAGAGCGCACAUAAUAAUUAAAUUAUGUAAUAUAAAGUAUGAUAAGAAAUUUAUAUAUUAACUAGGGACCUAUAAUGCUGUUGAACAAACUUAUGGCCUAAUUUUAUAGUCUAAUCAUGUAAUCUAUAGCUUAAUCAUUUUUAUAAAGAAAAAAUAAUAUAUAUAUAUUUAAAUAAUCCAUAAGUUAA